CAAAACCGCAACUUUGAAGUCUCAGCUUCCGCUUUGUCACGGUGAAGUGAGCGGCCGACACCACCACCCGAUCUUCAUCCAGGAUUUCGCCGACCAUCAGCCGUAAGAGACUGGAAGGGAUCACAGGACGUCGGCUUGACCAUGGCUUCGUCGUAUCCUCUGCCGCCGACCGAGCCGUCUGGCAUUGGUGAAGGUCUUCCCGCCGCUUCGACUCACGACCAAUCUCAAUCCCAGCAGCAGCAACAGCAGCCAGAGCAGUCGCCAAAUCAGACUGCUACAAUCCCGUAUGACGGACUAUCGUCGCCGCUGGCUGCGACUGCGGUUGCGCACCAUGGCCUUCAGGUAUUGCAAGCUGCGUCUGCAGCACCCAUGACAAGUCCCAAUCCUCUAGCCCAGCAGUAUGCGCAAUCGGCCUCGCUGCAUGUUGCUGAUGCACAAGCUCAAGCCCAGGCGCAAGCACAAGCACAAGCACAAGCGCAUGCUCAUGUUCAUGCCCAACAGCAGUUUGCGCACGCCAACAAUGGAGCUCCCAUGUCAGCCUCUCCGCCCGCUUCAGGGUUGCAGAAGGUAACGCGACUUCGACGCGCAUGCGACAUGUGUAGCCAGCGCAAGGUGAAGUGUGACGAGAGUGGCCCUCCAUGUAAGCCAUGCCGCGAUCUCAAUGUUGAGUGCACUUUCUCCCGGGAGAUGAAGCGUCGCGGCCCGCCCAACAAGCACGCUGAGGCAGCAAAGGCAGCUAAAAAGGCUCGCACACAUGACAACAUGUCGCCAACUCCUCACAAUGCGGCCGCAACCUUGGUCUCAAUUGCUGCCAACGACGGGAUCCCUGGCUUGGAUGCCGAGCAGAUUGCACCCUGGCCGGUCUUGACACUCUUGAUUGACGACUUCUUCACCUACAUCCACCCGCUCAUGCCCUUCCCGCAUGAGCCUACGUUCCGGCAGUCCUUCAAUGAGCGUCUGGAUCGUACGAAUCGUGAGUUCCUGGCCCUUCUCGCCAGCAUGGUCGGUGUUUUGGUAGCCUCGUUCCCUAGAAGUGCCAGGUCGCACCUCAAGUCAACGCACAGCACCAAUCUCUUCCCCACCGCCAUUACCAUGAUUGACCGAUGUCGUGCUGUAGCCCUCGAGGCAAGAGGAUCCGCGUACAUGGCAAAGGAGGAGAUAUCGGUAGAGGACACUGCAACUAGCUAUUUCCUCGGUCUUACCGCUGCGUAUACUCUGCAGUGGAAGCUCUGCAAGCGAUACAUGGCUGAGACCAUGACAUUCUGCAGAGAACUGGGUAUUCACCGUCAACGCAGCCCUACUUCGUUGGCUGCUAUAAAUGGAAUGGAAGCAUUGGCUGCGGAGAUGCAGACCGAGCCCAUCAACCACAUCAAGGAUCAGAUCGGCAAGCGCAUUUUCUGGGUCAUGGUGGCUGGAAUACGUUCGAUGACACAACUGGGUGCUUCCAUCAAUGAGCUGCCACUGCCGCCUCCCACAGCCCAAGAGCCGUAUCCCGACAUGCCUCUUGAAGUGGAUGAUGAGUACAUCUUUCCGGAUCGGAUUUUGGCCCAGCCUGAGGGAGUCAUGUCGUUAAUUACCGGAUUCAACCGAAACGUCAAUGUUUACAUGGCUAUGAACGAGUUGAUUGGCGUGGACAUGUGUUACGGAAUUAACUUCUUCGAGUGGACCGCCCAGAAGACCAUGCUCAGGAAUGCCCUUCAGGCAGCCAAGGCCGUCACUGGAGACCUGCCUAUCAAUCUGCAGGUCAAGACAGAGCCUGGACAGGAUGAUGUGACUGCUUUCGAGGGUGGAUUGCAAUACUGCCCCCCGCAGCAGCCUUUCCGUCGUCGCAAGCUUCAGUUUGAGAUUCAGAAGGCCAACAUCUACGCAUCCCAGCUGGCCACGCGUUCCUACUUCGUGGAGCGCUAUUUAAAUCUCCGAGACUCGCACCGCCAGCAAACCAACUUCGCCGAGCCCACUGGAAAUGAAAUCAGUGAUGGGGUCGACAACAUGGUCGUUAGCGAGCGCGAGCUUAUUGUCCAGAACCUGCUCACCGUCCUGACAUCGAUCACGCAGCACAACAUGGAGCCUAACGGUCAGUCACUUGUGAACAAAAUCCGACAGGUUGCCAGCACCCUGCUGCACGAUGCCCCGGAGCGCAAGGGUCCUGUCGCGAUGAAGGCAGAGGAGUACCUUGGUAAGUUCCUGGAAAUAUUGGUGAAGCUGGAGAAGACUAGCACAAGUGCUACUGCCGUAUCUGGCACAAUGACGCCCGAAGACGAGGAAGAGGAGCUGCAGCACUGGGCUAGUCUGCGAGACUAUCAGCUACAGUUUGCUCAGCGUGGCGGAUUCCUGGGAGAGUAAUGAAUUGGACCCCGACAAGUAAUGAUUGGCGAUGUUGGUUCGACAUCUUUCUGCUGUAGAUAUUCAGCUUAAUGCUCCUGCAUACAGGCGUCGGGAGUUGAAGGAUUGUCCCCGAUCUGAUUUUUAUACGCUCGGGUUCUAUAGACCCAAAUGAUGGAUUCUAGAGGUAUUCUGGACUUACGAUGCAUCAGUGUGCUCUUGACUUACUAAUACAAGAGGGA